AACAGUACGAUUGAAUUGUACGAGGUACAUUGACUUGACUGUUGGGGCGGUUUGCUUUGGAAACUAAAACAGUCACAUUAACAGAUCAGAAUCUCAGUAAGUGUCAUUAUUGGUCAUUAAAGAGAGAGAGAGAGAGAGAGAGAGAGAGUGAGAUUUUUAAGCUCUGAAACUGACAAUUUAUGGAACUAGGAGAAGUACCCACUCAAUCAAACCUCCUCCGCUCAUGGUUUUCCUUUUCCUUUAAUAGUAAAAUACUCUGAAAACCCUAACAGCCCAACCUCUUUAUAAAAUGUACUCACAAUCACCCUAUUGCCAUUGACAUUAACAGCAACCACUUGUGAAGAAGAGAGGCAUCAAAGUAUUCAAGCCAUGGAGUCCAAGAAGUCUGACAAGAUCAGAGACAUAGUUAAGCUUCUACAGAUCCUCAAGAAAUGGAGAAAGCUUGCAAAUUCAUCAAAAACAAGUGCCAUCAACAACAACAAUAACAACAAUGGGACUAAAAGCAUCAAGUUUCUGAAGAGGACACUAUCUUUAUCAGAUAACCCAGGUUCUCAAGCAUCAAGCAAUGUUGUCCCAAAAGGGUACUUGGCUGUUUGCGUUGGAGAAGAGCUAAAGAGAUUCAUAAUCCCAACCCAGUAUCUGAGUCAUCAAGCUUUUCACAUUUUACUGAGAGAAGCUGAAGAGGAAUUUGGGUUUCAACAAACUGGUGUUCUCAGGAUUCCCUGUAAAGUAUCUGUUUUCCAGAAUAUUGUGAAGCUGAUGGAAGAAAAGAAAGAUACGUUCUCCGAGAAGGAAGGUUGGUUCAAUAUGGAUGAUAUCAAGAGUUAUUGCUCAUCAGAAUGCCCACUAACUCCAUCUCAUCAUCCUCAAAAUCCAAUGUGCAGAUAGUUUUUUUUUUCCCUCUCUUCUAGUCUGUCUUGACUUUUUGUUCUCUUUUUUUGUUCAUGCGGCCAUGUAUGAGAGAUAGAGCAUGAACAAUAAGAUGAUGCAGAAGUGUAAGAACAAUUUUAUAUGGUCUGCAACUCACCAUUCUGCUGCUGCAUUUA